CAGUCAUUAAGCGGGCUUCAGUAACUCUAGUUAUGGCUACGCUGGGGCGUUUGCUCCUCUGCUUUGCACUCUGGCAUUUUCUGCAGGUCCAGGGGGUAUCCAAGUUCACGAACGUCGAAUGCUUCAGUAUAGACGAAACCUUCACAAACUUCACCCUCUGCCGCCUGUACGCCGUAAAGAGGGAUGUAGUCGAAAUGAGUUUGAGGGUCAACAUAUUUAGGUGGCCCAAGCGACCAGUUUCGAUGCGUCUACAAUUGCUGAAGAAGGCCAGUGGUUAUAAGCCCUUCCUUUACAAUGUCUGCCAGUCGGAUGUUUGCGAGUAUUUGGAGAAGCGGAAUCAUCCUUUUGUGAACAUCAUCCUCAAUAGUUUCGCGAAUCGUACCAAUGUCAAUAGAUGUCCAUUGCCUCAAGAAAUGAUCCUAGAGCGCUUCCGCUUUCCAGUAAAGGUCCUGGACCUGAUGCCUUUACCCUCUGGGGACUAUGCUCUCUUCAGCACUUUUAGCUUUGAGGGAAAAGAACGGGCCUUGGUUAAGGUAUACUUUUCCAUAACCGAGUAUCGUUAACAAAGCAAUAACCAAAUUAAAUAUUAUUCGCAUAUUUGUAAUAAA